GGAAUUAAAAUGAUUUAAUGAAACUAUAUAGAAGUUUUUAGAUUAAUUAAUUAUUUGUAUUUUCAAGAUGUAACCGUUGUGUGUGCAAUGAGUAGUUCAUUUGAAGAUCAAGUUGCAUUAGUCUGUUAUGAAGCUUAUAAAAAGUUGGGUAAAAAAGGUAAACCUGAAAGUGGUCGUGAAUGGACGAAAAUGAGUAGUGUUGUUCAGACAAAUGCUGACGGUGAAUUGAAGGUAAUAUCUAUAGCUACAGGGACCAAGUGCAUUGGGAAAAAUAUGCGAACAAGAACAGGAUAUAUUUUGAAUGACAGUCAUGCUGAAGUUCUUGCAAGGAGACUGCUUUUAAAGUACUUUUACCAACAACUUGAGGCUUCCCUUCUAAACAGUGACAAAAGUAUUUUUACUUGUUCUGGUGUUGAAACAAGAUCAUUUGAAUUGAAAGAUGAUAUUAAGUUUCAUUUGUUUUCUACUGAUAUUCCAUGUGGGGAUGCUGCUAUUUUUUUCCAAAACUCAAAAAAAAGAAAGUGUGAAUACACAGAUGAUAAUACCAAUAGCCAUAAGAAAAAAAAAGAUGAAAUUACAGAUUCUUGUGAUUCAAACUUUGAUGCAAAGUGCACAGCAAAAAUGUGUAAACGAUAUAAAACUUGCGAUGUUUUAAGUGAACCCACACAAUUUAUGAAAGAACGUUGUGUUACUGAACUUGAUAUUAACCGUACUGGUGCUAAAUGUGUUCCAUCAGGAAAUCAAGAUUUAAUGCUGCCUGGUAUUAAUUAUCAUGUAGUUAGUGCAUUGCGCAUUAAACCUGGUCGAGGUGAUCAAACAGUUUCUAUGUCUUGCUCAGAUAAAAUCAUGAAAUGGUGUGUGUUAGGUCUGCAAGGUGGAGUUUUAAAGAAUUUUAUACAAAAAAGCAUUUUUUUAUCCUCCAUAAUUAUUGCAAAUGUUCAAUUUGAUAUAGCUGCUAUCAAGAGAUCGCUUUCACUUCGAAACAGGGAAAAUAUUGAAAACUUAGCAAUACAUGUGCCUGAAAUUUUACAUACAACAUAUUUGUUUGAACAUAGAAAAGAGGCUGUCAAAUGUAAGACAAACACCGGAAAAAUAACACCUUCAGGAACAGCUAUCCUUUGGUGUCAAAUAUGUAAUAUUCAUGAAGUUUCAGCAAAUGGUCGUUUACAUGGGACAACUAAAAAAGAUUUUAACACUUCUAAAAUUCGAACAUCAGUUUGCAAAUCAUCUUUGUUUGAAGAUUUUAAAAGACUUAGUUCCAAAUUAUCUAUCUCUGGUAUAGAACACAUAAACUAUUAUGAUGCCAAGCAUAGAUUAGAAAGCUACGAAAACUUAAGGAAAAGUUUCUUUAAAGUUUUUCCAGACUGGAUAACUAAGUCCAAAGAACUAGAGGAAUUUCAAUAAUAAAGAUCUCAAUCAUUUGGAUGCAUUUUUGUUAAGAUUUAGAUGAGUUUUAUAAGGAAUGUCUACAUAGUUACUAAGUUACAAAAAUAUUUUCGAUGUGGAACAUUAAUAUGACGUUGAAAAUGACUUUAAUUUUUUCAUUUUUAAAUUAUUCAAAUAUUUCUGGCGUCUUUUUAGUAAUUGUUCCCGCCAAAUAAAAAAUAAUUAGUAAUUGCAUAA